AUGGCCCAGAUCCGCCUGAAAAUCCUCCCCAGUGUCCGCUGUCUCUUUGACAAACUGGUUCAAGUCAAAGUCGAGGGUCUCGCGCCACACAAGCAGGUGGAAUUAAGGUCCAGAUUGGUUGACGACAAAGGGGUGAUUUUCAAAGCUUCCGCCCUCUACCAAGCGGAUGAAAAAGGCCUGGUCGAUGUGAGUAGCACCCCCUCUCUGGGAGGAAGUUACACUGGAGUGGAGCCCAUGGGCUUAUGGUGGUCCAUGAUGCCAGACACCCCGCACAAAAAACUUGUGAAGAAAAACGUCUUGAGCCCAACUCUCGUUGAGAUAGCAGUCCACAACGGAGGCACUGGGGAGAAGAUAGCCUCUGAAAUCAAUGAGAGAGAAUACAUGACGGAGGGCAUGAGGAGAAUUCCUGUGCAAGAGCGACGUGUGCGAGGAGUCCUCUUCAUACCACCAGGGAAGGGGCCAUUCCCUGGAAUUCUGGAUCUAUAUAUUUUAGGUGGAGGCCUAAAUGAACAGCGAGCCAGCCUCUUGGCAAACAAAGGUUUUGUUGUGCUGGCACUGGCCUAUUAUGGCUACCAAGAUUUACCCAAAAAUCCCAAGAACUUGGAUUUGGAAUACUUUGAAGAGGCUGCAAGCUUUCUACAGAAACAUCCAGAGGUUCGAGGUCCUGGCAUAGGUGUAAUAUCAAUGUCCCAUAGUGGUGCUUUGGCUUUGUCAAUGGCGUCGUUUUUCUCAGGAAUCACAGCAACCGUCUGUAUCAAUGGCUGCAGUGGCAAUACCGUGAUUCCAUUACACUACAAAGACUCUGUUAUGCCACCACUACGACCUGUCUUAUGGAAGACAAGAAUUCGCAGAUCUUGGCUGAUUGAUAUCCGCGAUGUGACCCCAGAUCCGACCUUGAAAAAAAAUCAAGCCUCUUUAAUUCCAAUAGAGCGUGCCAACUGCCACUUCCUGUUUGCCGCUUCAGAAGACGACCGCAACUGGAACAGUGCUUUUUUCGCCAGGCAAGCCGCCGACAUUUUGAAAAGUCACGGCAAGGAAUCCUUUCAGGUGGUUUCUUACCCGAAAGCUGGACACUUUUUGGAAGUUCCUCACAUGCCAUUUUGUCCGUCUUCCUUCCACGCCGCAGUGGGAAGAGCUGUGGCGUUUGGCGGGGAACCAAAAGCCCACUCGGAGGCUCAGCUGGACUUGUGGGAGCGCGUCCAAGAGUUCUUCAAAAGACACUUGAACACGCAAGCGUCAAGUGUGUUAGGCAUCAAAGGCUCACAUGUUUGACACCAAAUGAGGUCAAUGCAACCAUGAUAUUUAGACACUCCAAAAUGAUAUUUCCUGUGAUGACAGCACAUGAACUUGAUUUAAAGAUUA